UCAUUAGUGGCCUAUAUAAGCCUCAUACAGGCCAUGGGAAGACAUUACCUGUUGAUAACACAGACUAUUUUCAUGAUCAUGGGAGGUGUGAGAGAAUUGCUGCUCGUUGUGAUGACUGUGGGGGUUGUCAAAGUUUCUUGUUACCCUGUUGGAAAGUCCCAGAAGCAAGAUCAAGUCUCUCUGCAGAGGAGACUUGGAGAGCUGUCAUCAAAUGACGUCUCCAUUGUGCAUGCCCUGGCCUUGCUCCGAUCCAUAGGGUCUGACGCGAAACAAACCAGAGAAGAGUAUUUAGAGACCAAUGAAGUAGAAUCCCAAGCUUCUCCAAACCAUGGUAGUUCUCCGGCAAAUGAUGCCCUGUCCUCUGAGGAGAAGCUGAGGCACAUGUCCUCUGACGACGCCACCUCUGAAGCUGCCACCGGCCCGUCCUCUGACGACGCCACCUCUGUAGCUGCCACCGGCCCGUCCUCUGACGACGCCACCUCUGUAGCUGCCACCGGCCCGUCCUCUGACGACGCCACCUCUGUAGCUGCCACCGGCCCGUCCUCUGACGACGCCACCUCUGUAGCUGCCACCGGCCCGUCCUCUGACGACGCCACCUCUGUAGCUGCCACCGGCCCGUCCUCUGACGACGCCACCUCUGAAGCUGCCACCGGCCCGUCCUCUGACGACGCCACCUCUGAAGCUGCCACCGGCCCGUCCGGCGACGACGCCACCUCUGAAGCUGCCACCGGCCCGUCCGGCGACGACGCCACCUCUGAAGCUGCCACCGGCCCGUCCGGCGACGACGCCAUGGAUAUCUGACGUGGGACAUGCAAUAGUUAACGGGUACUCUAGUCCAGUGUGUAACUGCAUUUGCUUGUUUUGGCUCAAAUAAACAUUAACUGUAAUA